AUGGCCGAGUACUUGGGCGCGGGAUUAAUGAACCUGGCAGCGGCCCUAGAGAUACCUCCAAAGAUCCAUCAACCCGUAUCCGACAAUAGAACCGGUAUUCCAAAAGCUCCAGGGGUGGUCUCAGCCUUAAGCGAUCUUGGCACAGAUGGAGUGCCGGGCUCGGGUCAGGCUGGUCCGUCCAUCGCCGUUGCCGAACCGUCCCAAGGCCACCGUAACGGCCAGCGUCUGAAUCGCCAUGAGAUGCUGGCCAAAGACGGUGACUAUUGGAAUGCACACCUAUUCCCUGGCCCGGUGGACACACGGGGAUUCCCAACAUCAGAUGAAGAGAAACUUUACAAACUUGAGCAAGGGUCUGGGACCCGAUUCGUGGUGCGUGCCCAGUACAACAUUCCCAAGGCUACCUUGAUCAUGGAAGAUUUCUCCAUGAUUACGCUUUUCUUGCGCGGUACGGAUCCUGCUGCGCGCGAAUCUGGAGACCUGUACAAGCGGCUCGCCAAAGAGGUCAAUACCUUGUACCGAAUAGCCCCCGCUGUCGCAAAAUGGAUCAGGGACGUCUACGGCGAAAACCGGGAUCGUUGGCCACUCUACGCCUGGGACCGAUACUCUCUCUGCGGACCCAAAGUAGGCGGCAAAUUCACUGGCCACUGGCGCAGCCUGUUCACGAGCAUCAAUUGGAUCAGCCACUGUUGCCUGCCUAACUCUCGGCUCGAUCAGGUCAGGAAUAGCAACAAGAUUGAUACUAUCCUGGCCUCCGUGUGCGCAACGGAGGACAUCCUGAAGGGUGAAGAGGUCACGCUGUUCUUCGAUUCAGAGGACGAUCCGGCCAGGCGCCAGGCCGUGUUAGGCUGGUUCAGUGGGGACCUGAGGAACUGGUUCCGGCCGACUUGCGGAUGUAGGUCCUGCUCCCGAGGCUUCCACGGUCGCGAGAGCUGGCAAGCAAGGAAGAAAUGA